AUGGAGCAACGUCUCUACACGUGUGUUCAAGUCACCUCGUUCUAUGCCGUUCCGAAGCAGGCGAUCCCAGUGAGGCAACUAUGGGAUCCAACCAAGAAUGUGGGUGCUGCCUCGCCACGGUGGGAACCACAGAUAUCGGUGCUGUGUGAGGCCGGACAGACCUACCAUCCGCAGUUUCUGUCCGAGGAAGGACGAUGGACAACGGACCUGAGCAUUAAGGUCCCCGGCUCGACAUGUCUCCGUGACAAAAUGGAUCUGCUGGACUACUGUAAGAAGGUAUACCCGGGACGAGACAUCACAAACAUUGUGGAGUCUUCGCACUACCAAAAGAUCGGUGGUUGGUGUCGUCAGGGUGCACUGAAUGCAGCCAAGUGCAAAGGAGCUCAGCGGUGGAUUAAACCGUUCCGGUGUCUCGAGGGACCGUUCCAGUCGGAUGCGCUGCUCGUACCGGAAGGUUGCCUGUUCGAUCAUAUUCACAACGCAUCUCGCUGCUGGCCCUUCGUCAGGUGGAACCAAACCGGUGCUGCCGCCUGCCAGGAUCGCAACAUGCAGAUGCGUAGCUUUGCCAUGCUGCUGCCCUGCGGCAUUUCGCUCUUCUCCGGCGUUGAAUUCGUCUGCUGUCCGAAGCACUUCAAAGCUGUUCCGAUGAAGGUGAAGAAAACGGAUCUGCCGGUGCUGCCACAGGACACCGACAUGCUGCCCGCACUGGACGAUGGCGGUUCGGAUGGCGUUUCGGACAACAACUCCGAGGAUGACGAGGACGAUGACGAUAUCGACGACGAGGAGGACGAAGAGAUGCUGGGCGACGAACCGAUCGAGAGCGAUGACGACGAGUACGAUUCGGACGAAGAUUUCGACUCCGGCAGUGACAAACCGUCCGGUGCGGACGCGAUCGAUACGGGUUCGGCCGCGUGGGAUAGCUUCACGACACCACCACCGCCCCAGGUCGCCCCCGGCAAGGAUGGACUGAAGAAGCAGCAGCAGGCGGAUAUUGGUGGUCCGAUCGGUGGUAUGCUGUACGCCGGCGGGUACGCCGCUAGCUCGACGGAAAAAUCGGGCACGAUCGAUCUGGUGACGACACCGAUCACGGCCAUCCCGACGCCGGACCCAUACUUCACGCACUUUGAUCCGCGCAACGAGCAUCAGAGCUUCAAGAAUUUGCACGCCGAAUUUCAGGAAGCCCAGCAGCGGCUCGAGGAGAGCCACCGGGAGAAGGUGACGCGCGUCAUGAAGGACUGGUCCGAUCUGGAGGAGAAGUACCAGGAUAUGCGGUUGGCCGAUCCGAAGUCGGCCCAAACGUUCAAGCAGCGAAUGACGGCCCGGUUCCAGACUUCUGUGCAGGCACUGGAAGAGGAAGGCAACUCCGAGAAGCAUCAGCUGGCGGCCAUGCAUCAGCAGCGCGUACUCGCCCACAUCAACCAGCGCAAGCGGGAGGCGAUGACCUGCUACACCCAAGCCCUCACGGAGCAACCGCCGAGCUCUCAUCGGGUGGAAAAGUGUUUGCAGAAGCUGCUACGUGCUCUUCACAAGGAUCGUGCCCAUGCUUUAUCGCACUAUCGGCAUCUGCUCGGUUCGGGCGGUACCGGUGGGCUGGAGGCGGCCGCAUCCGAGCGCCCCCGCACGCUGGAGCGUCUGGUCGACAUUGACCGGGCCGUGAAUCAAUCGAUGGCGAUGCUCAAACGCUACCCGGAACUAUCGGUGAAGCUGUCCCAGCUGAUGGAUGAUUACAUCCAGGCACUUCGCUCCAAGGACGAAACGCCCGGUUCGAUGCUGGCCAUGACGGAGGAAGCCGAGGCGGCCAUUCUCGACAAAUACCGCAUGGAGAUUGAGCGCAAGGUCAGCGAAAAGGAACGUCAGCGGUUGGCGGAAAAGCAGCGCAAGGAGCAACGGGCACAGGAGCGCGAGAAGAUACGCGAGGAAAAGCUUCGCCUGGAGGCUAAGAAAAUGGAAGCCGCUUACAAACAACAACAACAACAGCAGCAGCAGCAACAGCAGCAACAGCAACAGCAGCAGCAACAGCAAAAGCAACAACAGGCUCAACAGCAACAGGCACAAAUGGUUGCUGCCACAUUUGCAGCAACGCAACAGCAACAGCAACCGAUGCAAACCCAGCAACCGACGCUCACGGAUCAACCCCAAACCCAAAAGCAACAGCCGGACAUGGAAGCCCAGAAGGAAACCGACACCACCAAGGACUACUCCGAAGAAGCGGCCGUGACGAGCCCACAGCCGACGGCUCUUCCGACCGUGGACGAUGAAGCGGUACAGCGCGCCGUCGAGGAGGUUGCUGCGGCCGUCGCCCAUCAGGAAGCCGAACCGAAGAUGCAACACGUUCUGGCCCACGACAUUGGCCACGGUGAACCGAGCUACUCAGUUCGACGCGAAGUCUACAGUUCCAGCGGACGGGAUAGCAAGAACGUGUACUUCACGGUCGGUUUCGCCGGAGUGGCCCUGAUGGCUGCGGUGUUUGUUGGUGUCGCUGUUGCCAAAUGGAAAGCUUCCCGGUCACCUCAUGCUCAAGGAUUCGUCGAGGUAGAUCAGGCGGUCGGUGCACCGGUCACCCCAGAGGAACGGCAUGUGGCCAACAUGCAGAUUAAUGGGUACGAAAAUCCAACCUACAAGUACUUCGAAAUCAAGGAAUAA